AUGGCGUACAACGAGAAGCAUGAGAUGAUCCCCGGCACGGACAUCAUCUUCACGGGCCGUAAGGAUGGCGAGAGUAACACGACCCAGGAGAUCGUACUCGUCCCACAACCCACCAGCAACUCGGACGAUCCCCUGAACUGGAGCAAGAAAUGGAAGACGAUCGUCAUCGUCAACCAGUUCGCCUUCGUCUUCGUCAGCAUCAUGACGCCGCUGGCCAUCGCGCCCUUAACACAAAUAUUCGAGGCCGAGUUCCACAAGACCCUGCCCGAGGUCAACAUGCUGUUCGGCGCCGCGGCCAUCACCCUAGGCUACGCCAACUUCCUCGUCGUGCCCGCGGCCAACGUCUUCGGCCGCCGGCCCGUCAUCCUCGUCUGCAGCCUCGUGUGCAUCCUGGCCAAUGUCUGGCAGGGGCUCGUCACGUCGUAUCCGAGCUUCAUCGGGGCCCGGGUCAUAUCGGGCCUGGGCGCGGCGGCGAACGAGAGUGUCAUGCCGAUGGUUGUUGCCGAUCUGCUGUUCUUACAUCAGCGAGGGAGCAGUAUGGCUUUAUACUUCUGGGCGUACUUUCUAGGUCUUUUCCUCGGACCCAUCAUUUCAGGCGCCAUCGCUGUGCAGAUCUCAUGGAGAUGGUUUUUCUGGGUCUGCACCAUCCUGCAGGGGACGAGCUUCAUCUUCAUCCUAGUCGCACACCCCGAGACCAAGUACGACCGCCCAACCCAAGCGAUAAGCCCAAACAUAACAUCCCUCUCCGUCUCAACCGCCGCCCUCGUCGACACCAAGAACCCCCACUCCGCCACCACGACGCACACGCACAUCACCACCGGCCGCCCCUCCCGGUCCCAGUUCUCCCUGCUCCCAUACCGCUCGCAACGCAACACUUCCGCCCUCGCCACCGCCCUUCGAGAUGUCGUAUCUCCAGUGCGGAUUCUAUUCUACCCCAUCGUGAUCUGGGCCGCCUUCACUAUGGCAUUCGCGGCCAACUGCCUGCUCGCGCUCAACCUGACGCAGGCACAAGUCUUCGGCCCGCCGCCCUAUCUCUUCACGCCCGACCAGAUCGGGUACGUGAACUUCGCCUUCGUGGUCGGCGCUAUCAUCGCGCUCGUCACGGCGGGGCCCUUCUCCGACUGGAUCGCGCUGCGGCGCGCCCGGGCGAACGGCGGCGUGCUGGAGGCGGAGAUGCGCCUUCCCGCUUUAAUCCCGUAUGUGGCAGUCAAUAUCAUCGGCAUGGUCGUCACGGCCGUCGGCUACCAGCGCAGCUGGCCGUGGGAGGUGAUCGUAGUGUUGGGGUACACGCUCGUCGGGCUGCAGGUCGUCGGGAUCCCGGCUAUCGCGAUCGCGUAUGCGGUGGACUGCUACAAGGCGCUGCCUGGGGAGAUCAUGAUCGCGGCGACGAUCGUGAAGAACACUUUCGGGUUCGGCAUGAUCUUCUACUACAACAACUGGGCUGCCGAGUCUGGCUACCUCGCGCCGGUGCUGAUGCUCAUGGCGUGCACCGUCGGCUUCUGCGUGGUCGGGCUGGCUGUCUUCAUUCCGUUCGGGAAGAAGUUCAGGGGAUGGACGAAGGACUCGAGUUUGCACGCGCUGUAG